UAUUUGAAAAGGCUUAAUAUAGGCUCUCAGCCUCCUAACCUAAAACAACAAAUCUGAAUCUGAAACAAGUAGUAUCAGCUCUUCCAUUGAAAGUAUUCAUGGAAAACUAGAUCUUAGUAAAGAAACCAGCAGCAACAGACCAGUUGGACUACUAUCCUUAUUACUGCACACUGGUGCUUACGUUUCUUUGAAAUGAGGCGCUGGACGGCAGGUCUUUCAAGUGUGUAAGUUCAAGGGCACUCGUGCCAUUUGUUGGUCUUGAUAUGGGAAUUAAUGUAUUGCGAAAUAAUGGUAAAUAAUAGGGAUACAGACGAGGUGAUUGGUCAUUGCACAGGAAAACGCUUAAACAUCUUUUUGUGAUGUAUUACAACUUUGUCGAGGCUGUCUGAAACUACAUUUGCAUUUGUGACACAACUAUAUAUUUAACAAUGGCCGCUGACUCCCUAGAAGGAAGUAGUGACUGUAGCCAUCCUAUCUCGGUUGCCAACUUUGAUCCUGUGGAUAUUACGGAAGCAUUCUUUUCUGCAUGUCGAAUUGGACUAGAACCAGGUGAACUAUUUCAUGAAGGUUGGUUUGAUCUACAAUACUCUAUGUCAGCGAUUGAAAUUAUGGAUCCCAAAAUGGAUGCUCGAAUUCAAGGAAACCGAAGGGUCAUGACAACUUUUGAGGCGCUAUCCACAAACCAGUUACCUUUAGGUCCUUUCUCAUCUCUCUAUGAGCUUAUAGGUGUCAUGGAUGAAUUACUAUCUGCAUGCGUCAAUUGGUUAACAGGUGAUUCUCUGGCGCAAAGUAUUUUUAUUUGCAUGUAUAUGCAUUGUACACAGUUAAUUAAUGACAAAUAUCUAGCUGCAUUUUGUGAGUUACUUCGCCGUAUGGUCUAUCAGUUGCGUCAUCUAAUUAUUGCUGUUGGUGUUUUCGAUGAAGAAGAUCACUACACAUUUACACACGGUAUGCCAAUUCAGGAGCCCUCAAGCAUCUUCCACAAUUACAACGGUUUUCGUAACAAUUGUUUGCAUAAAUUAUCAACACUCGAUUUAAUCGCUCAUGCAAGUGACUUAAACGGAAGUCUUGAAAGUGAUCCGACUACAUUUAUUGAUCAUGAAGAAAAACUUCUUUCCGCUCUACGUAGCCGCCUAGAAUUUAUGCAAGCUUUUUUAUUGUUCACCAAUUCAGUCUUUGAACGUAUAAGUUCAACUUCAACCGAUUUAAAAAAUGAUCUGUUCGAAGGAUAUACAAAUAUUGAUUUUGACUAUGGUGAGCAGAAUUUAUCACUUCCAAAGAUUUGCGAAGUUCAAGCCAGUACUCUAGUCUCAUGGAAUUCCUUCAUCUGUUUUUGUAGAAGAGUAUCACAACACGUGAAUCGUCUGAAAUUACUGAGUAAUGUUUUGAUAAAAACUUCAUCCGUUGGUAAAGUGGCUAGUGAAGGGAAGCUUCAGCCAAAGGAUGCAACAUACGGUCUUCCAGGUUUCGAAGUUUUUCUAAAUCAAGCCAAUAUACCUUCAUAUAUGCCUAGAGUAGUGAAUAUUCAUGAUCGUCAUAAAUCAUUUGUUUACUUUUCUCAUCUUUUUACAAAGCUUGAACAUAUUCUCCGUACAUAUGAAACUUUCACUGAGUGGCACCGGUUGUAUCCUGAGCCAUUACGACUUCAAAGUUUGUGGGCAUUUAUUCAGAAAUCUGGUCAGAUAUCCUGUUCUUAUGUCAGAGCUCUUUUGUCAAACGCAAAUUGUGGUAAAGACAAAGAAUCUUCAUUGACUACUUGCAUUUUAGCACGAACUAUGAUGUGUAUGCUUUAUUUCGUUCUCAUGUGUCAUGGAGAUAUUAUUGAUUUCAAGCCUCAGUCUUUCUCUCCAAUGAACUUCCACUAUUUCCUGAAUUCGUGGUAUCAGGUUGAGCACAUUUCUUAUCGUUCAUUGAUCAAGGAUAUUAUAUCUGAAAUCCCUGAAUUAAUGAACUUUUUCACUACACUUUCUAAUCAGUUUGCUCAUAUUCCAGCAGUUUACUGUCUAAACCGUUCACGUCAACGUUCUGCUUUAGAACGAUGGUUACAGCGUCUUCCAGACCUACUUGAUGAGUGUGCACGUGCUGAAUUUGUAAUCGGUAUUGAACUGAGAAAUGCAACUACUGAUAAACACUUUGAAUAUCAAAGAGGAUUAGUUGAUUUAUCCCCAAAACAGUCUGUUGUACCAGUCCAAAUUCAACUGUCAUCUUUUGUUACUUACAUCUAUUAUUACCUUGCUUGGGAUUAUGUUAUUUCUGGGUUUCAGCUGGAGUUAUACUCACCAAAUGAAUGGCUGUUUAUUUAUGCCUUUCUAAUACAUUUAUUCCAAAAUUUAAGUAAUUUAAUCCGCCAUCUAUCAGAGAAACAUAUUGUUUUAUCCUUAGAAAAAAUAAAGAAUUUAGAAAGUGAGUCCACUAAAAACAAAACCUCAAUGAAACAAACUGUUACGUGUGAUUCUGGCAGUGGUGUUGAAAUUCAUCGACGUAAAAAGAAGAAGAAACACAAAGAAAAAGUAUCUGUUACAGAUGAGACUAUCCGCUGUACAGAGACAUCACAUACAAACUGUGAUAGUGGAAUUAAACCUAUGCCGCCAAUGAUACACGAAAUUGGUUCAGUUUUUGAGACUAAUAUCCUGGGCAUACAUCAAUAUUUGAAUUCAGCAAGUCUUUACGCUAUACGUGCUCUUCAGCGUGAUGUUGGUUUUGAAAUAAACGAAAAUAUACCAAAUCUGAAUUCUACAAACAAUACACUACCAUGUACAUUUAUGAAUAGGACUAGUCGUCUUGAAUCAUACGCCAGAAGACUUGGAAUUUUUCUCAUUCCUCCUAAUUCCCCUCUAUUCGAAUUGGGAGGUGUUUCAGGCGCCUAUGACUCAUGGAAGUCUUUAAUUGGAAGUAGUCUCAUUGAUGGUCGGUCAACAUCUGAGCUUUACUGUAUGGCGUCAAGAGCAUUUGAUCAAGCUCAAAGUUUAAUUCAAACAACAUUGGAUUUACGUCCAUCAGGUGAAGAAAAUCUACGAAAGCUCAUGCAAUCAGAUAUUGCUGUAUCUCUGUUCACUGAAACACUGGGACCACCUGAUCGACUAGUAGAUCUUCAACAACUAGCCAAACAUAAUUCUAUAGCUUGUCGAGUUCUUGGUGUAUGUGAAGAUAGACGACCAAGUGUACAUAAAUCAAAGCACAAAAUAUCAUUUCUAUGUUCUUCUAGUCCAGUAAAAUUAGACUACAACUUUUUGGAGAGUAAAUGUUAUCCACUUAUUCGUCUUGCUAGUCAAUCUGAAAAAUGUUCUUAAUUUCGAUUGAAUUCAUUUCAUUACCGAUUGUGAUGUGUUCUAUGUACACAUUGUGCAUCUUUGUUAUUACUGUUUUCGUAUUGGAUUGGUAUUUAUUGUACUAUCAUUUAUUCGAGUUCAGUUAUCUUUUGAUGAAAUGGAUGCAUGCUUCCUCUGUAUUAAUUUUAUUUUAGUCUGUUUAUCGCUUUCUUUUUCUUAAAUUUUUUUUGCAAAACAAAAUGUCUUUUAUUUGUCACCAUCUACUCUAAAGUUCUCUUUUUUAUUAUACAAAAUAAAUACUCUAAAAACUGCUGAUAUAUAUA